UAAAAAUUAUAUUUUGCAAUGUUAAUAUUAAGUUAAUAUAAAUUUUGAACUUUAGUAUUUAUGUAAUAGUGAAAAUUACGUACGAAAAUGUCCAUUCACAUAUUCAAUAACGUGAAGGUUCUUAGUAUGUAUGGCAAUAUACUUAUUGGAAUUUGUGUGUAAAACAAUAAUUGAUUUACAGAGAAUCGGACUUUGUCAUUGGCCGUCUCUUCACAUUAUAGUACGGAAUCGUCUGAACCUUAUGUUAUUAAAAAUCCAGCAUUAUCGCAAUUGAAAAGGGGUACCGGUGGGCGAUCUAGUUUCAAUGGAGUGGUCGCUACUGUAUUUGGAGCUAGUGGUUUCUUGGGUGGUUACCUCAUUAACAAAUUGGGAAAAAUCGGAACGCAGGUAAUUGUCUUUAUGAAUAAUUUUAAUCAUUAUUGUUGUUGAUAAUUAAAUAUAUAAACAGAUGGUUAUUCCAUAUCGAGGAGACUCAUAUUUUGUAAAAGAAUUGAAACUUACCGGUGAUUUGGGCCAAGUACUCUUUCAACCAUACCAUUUAAAUGAUGAAGAAUCUAUCAGAAAAGCGGUAAAGUAUUCCAAUGUGGUUAUUAAUCUGGUUGGACGUGAUUGGGAAACAAAACAUUUUAAAUUCAAUGAUGUUCACGUUGAAGGAGCAAGACGCAUUGCUCGCAUUAGUCGUGAAAUGGGCGUUGAAAGGUUGAUUCAUUUAUCUGCACUCAACACAGAUCCUUUGCCUGCCGUAAGUUAAAUUCUUAUAAUUAAAUUAAUGAUUUGAAAAUGUAUAUAUUCUAUACAAAGUUUAUAGGUUAUUAAUUUUUUUUUUUUAAAUAUGACUAUUUUAGAAAAUAUUACAAUCUAUAUAAGUAAUAAUCGAGGUAAUACUUAUGGUAGGAAUGAAAAACUUAGAAUGAAUAAUAACAUGGUAGGAAAUCUCACUUUAGAGACAUCUAGUGGCUUUAAAUUUGCAAUGACAUUAACAUUUAUAAUUUAUAGUUUAUAAAGUUUUUAAGUCACGGUAUCUAGUGGCUUUAAGUUACAUUUACAUUAACAUUUAAAUUUUACAGUUUUUAAGUACCAGUUGCGUUUGAGUCAUCUGGUUGGGUUUCCAGGUAGUGAUGGUAAGGCUAGAUCCCUGAUGAUUUGUUUGGGGUUAUAAUAUAGAGUAGCUGUUUCGUUGACAGAACAAAUUUUGAGGUCAGAGUUUAUUGUAUUGUUGGAGAUAUACCGGGGUGCCCCAGUAAUUAUACGACAGCAGAUAUUCUAGAAGAUUUGGAUAGUUCUUUUGUUUAAUGUUUUGGGAGAAGCCCAAAUUAUUAUUCCCUAUACCCAGAGUGAUUAUAGGAGAGUUUUAUAAAGUAUGAGUUUUGAGGGGUAAUAUUAGGUUUGAGCGCAGAAGAGGCUUUAGUAGGUGAAGUUGAGGUUUUUGAGUUUGUCCUUGAGAUGGACAGGUUACUUAUGUAUUUUUUCUAUGGAAAUUAAAUUUCAAUGUUAAAAUAACGUAACACAUUACAAAAUAUAAUGUAAAAUAUUAAUUAUUAAUUAACAAUAAAUGUAAAAUAUUGUAUUUGUUAUGUUCUGUCCAAGGUUAUAUAAAUCAAUUUCAUAUCAGUUUAUCAGCAUUUUGACGUUAGUGUUUUUUUUUAAAUUUGUAUUAUGUUUAAUUGUAUUGUAUUAUAAAUGUAUUAAUUUUCUAAAAAAAAAUUUGUUUUUAUUAAUCAUAUUUUAAGUGUUUUGACUAAAGUCUAAACCAAAUUUUAAUUUAUUUGUCCAGCCAAUUUAUCUGUCGAAAGGAUCAGGAUUUUUGGCAUCGAAAAAAGCUGGUGAACAAGCAGUCCUUGAAGAGUUUCCUAACGCUACUAUUUUCCGUCCUUCAGACAUGUAUGGCCAAGGUGAUCGAUUUUUAUUGUAAGUGUCUUUGCAGUCUUUAAUUUUAAGAAUUUAAUGAAACAAUUUAGAAAAGCCCAUACUACAAGUGUUCUAAAUUCUUGGGUUUUAAAUGUAUGUUAAACAAUAAAUUAUAAUUUCAUAUUAUACAACUUAAAAAGAAUUUAGUAACUUUUAUAUGAUUAUGGGUAAACCUAAUUAAAUUAAACGCCAUUGUGGAUUCAAUCAAAUUAGUAAACAUUAGUGAUUAACAGAGUGAAUAAAAAAAUAAUUUAAAAUUUUAACUAUAAAUGGACAUGCCGUGAAUGUGAGUAUAAGGUGUCUAAAAUUUAUUAUAAGAAACCUAAUAGGAAAAUUUGAAAUGCGAGUUUACUGUAGUAAAAUGAAUUUUACUAUUUUUAUUAUUUUUGAUUUUUUUCAAUUGCAUCCUUUUUAUUAACUUAAACUUGAAUUAAAUUGUGUUAAUCAUCAAAUAAAUUUGAAGAUUUGACUGAUUGCACACAUUCAGACACUUCUUUUUAUUAAUAUAGAUUGAAAGAAUCAUAUUUUAAAAACCUUAGACGAUUUAAUCAAAACUGAUAUAUUUUAUAGAUAAAGUAUUAAAUAUUAACAUUUUAUUAAAAAUAAAAAUAUUUAUCAUUUUAAAAGUAAUUUAAUAUUUACAUAUUUGAACAGAAAAUUAGUGAAAGACUAAAAUUUAGUUUAAAAUAAUACUUGCUUAUGUAAAAUAAUACUAUAGUAUUAUUUAAUAUUUGGCAUAUCAAGCAUAUUCAAUUUCCAUUCUUAUUAUUUUUUUUAAAAUUUGUUAUUUAAAACAAUAGUUUCACUUUCAACUUUAAAUUUACUUUCUUUCUUAUCCCACAAAAGUGAAUAUAUGGAGUAUAAUAUUAUUUUGUUAAUGUAAUUCAGAUAUAAAUAUUCGUAGAUGCUUAAAAUUUUGACAGUAAACAUAUAUUUUUGUUUAGGCCUUUUUCAACAAUUUUCAAAAUACUUUAGCCAUUAUUGAGCUAUUUACAGACAUUUUGGUUUAGUGAGUAUUUUCGCAUUUUCAUUUAAUAGGUAUUCUGUUGAUAAAAUUUUAAAAAUGACUAAAUACAGAUGCUUGAAAAUUUGACAGGUUCAUUGUAAUUCAUACUUAAUGGUCAAAAAAAAAAAAAAACUUACUGUAAUGAAGUAAGGUUAGGUUUUAAUUUUUUUAUGAUUUCUAAUAUCAAAUAUUAAUGAAAAUCUUAAAUAUUACAGUCUUUCAAAAUAUAUAUGACCAAAAUUCGUUCUGAAUCAUAUUUUGUUAACAAUGAUUUAUCGUUGGUUACAGGUAUUAAUCAAAUAACAUUAUGUAUCACACCUUCCCAACUACCCGCCUACAACAGUGGCCACACUCAUUCUCAGUAUCGGCUCUUUUUUUAUUGUCUAUUUACCUUUAUUGGUGUAUUUAUUUAUUGUAUGUUUCAAAAUAUAUUUAAUGAGUAUACAUGAUGAAGUUAUAUUCUGUUAUUAAAAUAUGAGAAUAUUUAACUUUUAUAUUUACAAUAAUUUAUAUUAUUAUUAUUAUACUAAUGUAAACGUACUAUGAAGUUAAUUUAUUUUAAAAUUAAUGUUUAUGAUAUUUUUAGAAUGUACAGUCAUGCAUGGCGUCGUAAUGGGCAAAAUCUUGUUUUAUGGAAGAGAGGUGAACAAACUGUUAAACAACCUGUUGCUGUAGCCGAUGUAGUGAAUGGCAUUGCAAAUGCAAUGCUUGAUCGUUCAACAUCAGGAAAAAUAUAUCAAGCUGUUGGGUAUGUCAAGUGUGAUAGUCAAAAUCUAUUUUUGAUAAAAAUAAUUUGAAGAAAAAUAAAAUUAUUUAUAAUUGUAGACCCACUCCAUACCUGUUAGCAGACUUGAUUGAUUGGAUUUUUGCAAUUUUACGUCGUAACGAAGAUUUCAACUUUAAAUUUAAACGUACUGGUUUUCUAGAAAACCCACAACAUCUAAUCAAAAUGUGGUUAACAGAUAAGUUAUGUCCCAGCUGGCCUCCGGGUUAUGUUACCGCUGAACGUUUUGAAAGAGUAAAUAUUAUUGUCAAAUCUUUAGUAUUUAUAAACAUUUUAUCUUAAUGUUUUUGUUGUAGGAAUUUGUUACUGACACACUUGAUGAAAGGCUACCAACAUUAGAAGAUUUAGGCGUAAAGCUAUCUAAAACAGAAUAUUAUAUACCUUUUGAACUUCAAUUUUUGAGAGAUUACCAAUAUUAUAUAGAUUCAAUUGGUGAAUUCAAAGUUCCAGAUCCUCCUCAGCCUUACGUAGCUCAAGCUAAACGUAAUUUUGCAUGAUUUGUACAUUGAAACCAGGUAAUCUUCAUAUAAUGUACCUAUGUUAUUUAGUCAUGAUAAUAGUUAAGACAUAUAGUAAAUAUAUUGUUUAAACUUCACGUUUUGUUUUUAUUUACAAACUAUAAAUUCCUUGAAAAUAAUCUUUAUCUUAAUAGUAAAUAUUAUAAUAACAUAAUAAUUAUAUAUUUUUAUCUAUAAAAUAGUUACAAAAAGUACCGUUCACUUUUAAAUCCAGUCAUAAUCAGAAGGCUAUAUUAUAUUAUAGGAAUACUGACUAGGUAUAUUUAUACGGUAUUAAUAACUUAAAUUGAAAAGUCAUUUUCAUUAAAUUAUAUAAUAAUAUUGUUUACCUAAUCCUAAUCUCUAUAUCAAUAAGACUUGUAUUUAAGAUGCAUUUUAUUAUAAAGUCUAAGUUGUCUUAAUGGCUAGUAUCACAUCCGUCCUGAAUCGUUGUUUUGAUGUUUCAGAAACCAUCUGAAGAACGUGUUUGUCGCAAUGGUCCUAAGCGGCUGUGCCACCAAUCAGAGUCUAAAAAUAAAAUAAACAAAUGAAGAUCUUAAAUGUUUAAAAUACAAAUCAUAUUAUAGUAAAAUCAACAUUUAUUGUUAAAUAAAAAAUACAAAUAUGUUAUAUUUUGUUAAGUAUAGUUUAUUUCAAUAUUCAAUUUUUUUUUUCCAAAUGUAUUAAUUGUCAACAUAAUAAUAUUUAUAGAAAAUGAAACUAGCAUUACAAUGUGAAUAAAAUCAAAUGUCUAUAAUUAUAAAUACUAAUAGUAUAUAUAUUUUGUAUGGUAUACUAGUUAGAUGAUCUAGAAUUGUACAGUUUUAUUAAAGUUAAACCAAACUACUGAAAAAUAAAAAUAUACAAAUACUACAGGUGUUUAAUAUUCCACCCGUAGAUAAGUUUACAUGACAUUUUUUUAUUGGGUUUAAAGUCCUAAAAUAACAUCUAUAUUUUAAUAAUUAUAAAAAUUUGAUUCAUUUUAAAUAAAGAUCCUUGAUAAAUGUCCAAUUUUUACCAUUGAGAGUAGAGUAGUAGGUAUUAUUAUCAUAGAUACUUUCAGCUCUAUGGUUCAAAAUUAAACCUUAUUUAACCUAUCUAUAGUUUAAAAUUAAAAAUGCACGUGUCCUGGUCUAAAUUGACCAUUGAGUCUAGUCACACACACACAUAGGAGGGAGGGAGUUGAAUAUUCAUCCUUCCAAUCCUGACACUCUUGUAUUUUAGAUUUGUAUCGUAACAAGUGGUCUGUAGGUAUUACUAAGAUGUUAUUUAUGUCCGUAAACUACAUAUCGAAAAGAAAUCUUGUUCCAAUGUAUAGAGUUUAGCACUUUGUCUGAAAUGUAAUUUUCUCUAGUUGGUGUAUUAGGUUGAUAAUAUUUUGAUUUCACAAGGGGUUUUCAAAAUAAUUGGGAAAAACCAAAAAUGGCAAAAAAUAAAAGCUGAUGAAUUUACGAUGUUACGAUUUCUUUAUUUUAAACUAUUAUAGCAUAUAUUUUCUACCAAAAAUAUUAUUGUAAUAAAAAAACAACAAGAGAUCUUUUUUAUUGCAUUUUUAAUCUAGUUUGUGAGUAUAAGAGUCAUUUUUUGAUUUUCUCUGUAGUUUUAUUAAUAAUUGAGCAAAACUGAAAAGUACAUAGAAAGAACAGGAAAAUUCACAAAAAUAAUUCUUUUAUUAUAUGUCAUACAAUG